AUGCGCAGCGGCUACUUUCAGAUGCUCGACUUUAACAUCGGAUUGAGAUGGAAUGCUGAUGGAAAAGCCGUCCCUUUCAAGACCGCGAUCAUUGACGACGAGCUGCACGGAGAAUUCAGGAUCGAUGAACCCGUCUUGCUAGAUCUGCUGGAGUCGAAACCUGUCUUGCGUCUCAGAGAUAUCCACCAGUAUGGUGUCAGUGCGCUCUUCGGUCAGACUGCUCCCGUUACCCGUUUAGAGCACAGCAUAGGCGCCAUGUUGAUCGUUCGGCGCCUCGGUGGGUCCGUAGAGGAGCAAGUUGUAGGACUACUUCACGACAUCUCGCAUACCGCUCUAAGCCAUGUCAUUGAUUUCAGCCUAGGCGGCACAGGUGAAGGGGAAAGCUAUCACGAAGUACACAAGGAGCACUACCUGCGCAGCACCAACAUCUCGGAGCUGCUGGCGAAACACGGUCUGCAAUUGGAGAAAAUUGCGGAGGAGAGCAACUACGGCCUGGUGGAGAGAUGCUCGCCUCGCCUAUGCGCGGAUCGAUUGGACUAUGCCCUCAGAGAUACAGUCGCAAGCGGAAAUUUGAAGAGGGUGACGGCGCGAAAAGUCUUGUCAAGCAUCGUUGCUUGUCCCAAUCCUCAACAUCCGGAUCGAACCAUUGCGAUGACGGAUGUGGAAGCUGCUCUGGCAUUAUCCCGAGCCUAUAUGCGAACGGACGCUGUGAUGUGGUCUGAGCCAACGCAAGCCAAGCUUUCGUCACAAGUCGCCGACUCAAUCUGGCAGAUGAUGCAGUCAGGACAUCUGGAAGAGUCUCAUCUAUAUACACGAGCGGACAAGGAAUUUUGGGCGGAGAUGAUGGCAUGCGCGCCUGUUGCAAUCCGAGACAGGCUACGCGACAUUGAACAAGCUUUCUCGCAAGCAGGCGAAGAGAAGAGGCAAGAACGCGACAACGUCGAGUCAAAAUCUACCACAGAUGACCUGACUGCAGACGACCCGUUCCACGGCUUGCCCUCUGUGAUACCGCUCCCUCCGAAGACCAAGAUCCGGAUCAUCGAUCCUGAUGUGCUGCAUGGACUUUCAAACGACUCGUCGCAUUUUGCGGGAGAAGCAAGCCUGACUCCUCUUUCUAGCAUCACACCCGCAUACAAAGCAGAGAUUCAAAAAUAUCGCGUCAUGAGAGGUCAGGAGAAGAAGAGCCAGACCUUUUCGCUGGACGCUGACAGAUUGGCCGACGGAGUGAACAUGCUCAACCCGAGCAAAGUGACAUUACAGACUUGA